AUGGCGGUGACCAGCAGACUGUCACAGGCGGCGGUGGUCAAGCAAAUUAUGAAGCGCUGUUCCAGUUUGAGAAAUAAAAAGUCUCACCAAUGCGGCGGCGCUGGCGGCGGAGAUAUCCCGGUGGAUGUUCCCAAAGGCCAUUUUGUGGUGUACGUGGGUGAGAAUAGAAGCCGGUACAUUGUGCCGGUGACGUUUCUGUCGACGCCGGAGUUUCAGAUUCUUCUCCAAUUGGCUGAGGAAGAGUUCGGGUUUAGUCACCAUAUGGGUCUCACUAUCCCGUGCGACGAGAAGGUUUUUCAGUCUCUGCUCCGAUCGAUCGAGUCGAACCAAACCGAAUGAACCCGUCUUUUUUCUUCUUUAGAUUGUGAA